GCUCACACGCCAGUGCGUUUACAGUAGCGAAGGAACUAAAUCAGAGUGAUACAGCGAAAAUUGCUUGGCCUCACACGCAAGCAGCACCAUGACAGUGUCCUUGUGGCCGAGAAGACCUGGGUCAAGUCUAGGAACCGAAGGAGGACUCUGCGCGCUGGUCUUUCUUCUCCUCUUGCACAAUGUGGACGCCGGGAUCCAGAUCAAGACGCAGCAGCGGGAUUUCUUCGUUAUCGAAGGCCGCAACUUCACCAUCGCAGCUGAAAUUAAGUUGGCCCAGGGAGACACCAUUGCCUCGGCUUUCUGGGUUAAACAGAAUGGAGAGCGUCAGAGAAUUGUCGAUUGCUUGCCGGACCGGGUUGAAACAGCAAGCUACUCGACAUACACGGGUCGAGCACGGUGCGCAAUGCAAGCAGACAAAAUAGCGUUGACACUCUCAAAACUCACGCCAAAAGACAGCGGCGAUUAUUUGCUCAAGAUAACUUUAAAUUCCGGUGAAAUCGGCACAGUGCAAUUCACCGGGAAACUCUACGCACCUGUGCUUAACAUCAAUAUCGUACCCCACUUGGAAAAGACCGAUCGACAGACCAAACUUACCCUGACAUGUAAGGUCUCAGCAGGAACGGACCCGAUAUUUAACUGGACUGCAAGCAAUGAGCCUGUAGCCCGCAGCAGCAAGUAUGUGUUGUCAACUGACCGCAGUGUCCUAACCAUUCUUGAGUUCGAGUCUUCUGACUGCCGUGUAUACACAUGUAUUGUUAACAAUGAUGCCAACGUGGAGAAGAAACUUUUCAAUGUUUCCGAAUCUGAUGGGUUUCCAUUUUGCCGAGAAGAGUCUGUUUCAAAGAUAACAACGUUCCAUAUCAUCCUGAUGGUGGUGUCCCUCCUCAUGCCGCUGCUCAUUGGGAUCUUUGUGUGGUUGGUGAUGAGGAGCAGCAGUGGAGUGAUAUAAGCUAGAGGUUGACAUUCAUCCGCAGUUUGCUGAAGAACAGUUUUCCGUGUGAAGUACCAUCCGAGGUGUCCACCAUCACACCAGGCAGAGGAGAAACAAUGUGCCAGAUGUCAGGGAAGAGGCAUCUGAGUGAGGGCCAACUAAUGGGAGAUGUCGCUGGUGGAUCUUCUGUCUCCAGACAGUUAUUUAUUGUGGGGAUGAGCUGCUGGUGAGUUAUGGAGUCAACUCCAGGUGGCAUUACCUGACAGAACACUGGGCACAUGGAGAAAGCAACUAGCACCCUAACAGUAUACAAUGUCCCAGGCACUGACAGCACAGAGAGAAGCAGCAUCACUGUUUCUGCUUGUGACCAGCCACAGCUCAGGAUCUGGCCCUUUGUGGUGCUGAGCUGGAUGCUGUGCCUCUCUGCAGCACCUGACACUGGGGAAGCUGUCCAUGUGUGUCUGACUGCUGUUUCG